CUCAGGAGAAGGCAAACAUGGCGGACGAGGACGAAGUUGAUAUUCUCGGAGAUUUUCCUUUUGAAAACCUUUUCCAAAAGGAAGACAGCAGAAUGUUCGUUUCCAAUCUAUGCAAUCUAAGUUCAUGCUACGAUGGAAGCGUUUUGGGCGCACAGAGUGCCGACCAGCUUUUGCAGGACUGCAUCAACCCGUCUUGGCUGCUCGAGUCGUCCCAGCACUGUUGGCUGUCGCCCACCCUGGAUGAGCGGCAGAGGUGCUCACCGGCGGUCACCGAGGAGAGGUCCAGCCUCACCAGUCCUUGGGAGGAACACGACAGCUGGUCAGAGAGGGAGAAGAGUCUCUUGGAGAAAGGCACAGAACUGUUCGGAAGGAGCUGGACCAGAGUGUCCCAGUUUGUCGGGACGAAAACACCGCUUCAGGUCCGAUCCCAGGCGGCAAUCAUGGGUCUAAGUGAAGCAUUCAGAGUGUCUGAGUCGUCUGAGCACGAAGAGGAAGUCAUCGAGUCUACCUCGCUGGACGUUGAGUCGAAAACAACGCCAAGUUUCACUUACACCGAAUUGUAUGAUGACAUGGCUAUCCCAGCUUCGAUGGAGGAGGUCAUUUCUGUUGUCACAACAGCCCAACUGACAGUCAUAGACACGUCGCCUACAUCGCCAAGUCCACCUGCGAAAAGGCAGAAAAAGGUGGCUAACAGCCUGAGACCAACUCAGGUUAACAAGCCAAGGUCUGCAAAAGUACAAUUGAAAUUUCCAACAAAGAAAGGCAGGCCAAAGAAAACGGAAAGCUUGAUGGUGCCAGUGGCAGAACAGGAGCCACCAGAUCCAGGUAUUUGUCCAGAAGAGGAGGAAGAAAUCCUGGAAUCUAUCAUCACUGAGAGUAUAGAUGAAAGAAAACCCACUGGCCCAAUAAUUUUCGUAUCUGAAGGGGAGGAAUUGAUCCGAAUCCAAAAGUCGACAGAGGACUCUGAGGAUAGUGAAAUUGACAUUGAUGACGAUGAGGGGGGUGAUUUAAUGUUACCUAAAGUGACUGUUACAAGUGACCAAGUGGAGUCUGCUGCUCAAAGUGUGCCAAUUGUGCAGGAGCCGGAAAUAGAAGUAAAGUGUGAGUCAAAGUCUGAUCUAGAAGAUAAAGUUAGCUAUGACUAUGAAGAAAAGCCGCCUGUAGAAACAGAGAAGGUUUUCAACUUUUCAAUUCCCACCCAAGAGUUGGUCAUGGACCUAGACGUCAUCACUGAUGAGGAAAAAGCUGUCCACUUUGAGUUUUUCACUGGACGGCCAACUAAAACACCUGCUCGAUACCUGAAGAUCAGAAAUCACAUUUUGGAAAUCUGGAAGGAUUGCAAACCUACUUUUGUGAGUAAAACUCAAGUACGAAAUGGUCUGAAAAAUUGUGGUGACGUAAAUGCGAUUGGAAGAAUACACGCGUACCUGGAGCAAAUUGGCGCCAUCAACUUUGGAUGCGAGCAAGCUAUGUACAAGCCAAUUGUCAUACCCACGGGAAACAAGAAAGUUGUCAGUGUGGCGGCCAAAGUGAGGAUGGAGUCCAAGCCAUUGACUUUGAGAUCUGAUGGAACGAGACCAAGGAAGAAACGGGUAGAGCAAAUGGACUCUGAUGGAGAAGGAGGCUACACCAUCACCCACGACGAGCAUGGUAGUGCCAUCCUCACCAAAGUGUACAAAGAGCAAUCAAACACCAAAUGCGGCAAAGGCAAGAAGAGUCCCCAAAACGAACACCACAGGCUGGUCUACUGCCACAAGUUUUCUGACCACCACAAAGCGCCCUUCUCCGUCAUUCUUGACAUUGGAGCUCUGCUCUUGAUGGACGUUCACGCACAUUCAAGCAGGUCAGAGGUCAUCGGCCUUUUGGGUGGCAGCUUUGACGCAAGGACUAAAAAGCUACACAUCUCAAGGGCAGUUGCUUGCAAAAGCCAGAGCACCGGAGUACAAUGCGACAUGUGCCCAGUGUCUCAAACAGAAGCAAGCGAGGUAAUCCAGUACGCUGGCUUGGAAGUGGUUGGUUGGUACCACUCACAUCCCACCUUCCUGCCAAAUCCAUCUGUGCAAGACAUGGAAACGCAAGUGCGAGUCCAGAACUGGUUCGAAAAGACUGAUGCUCCAUUUGUGGGGAUGAUUGUCGCGCCUUACUACAAUGGCAACAAAACCUUGGCUUCCAGUUACAAGUGCUUGACCAUGACAGAGGAAGAGGGAGACACGAAACCGUACCAAUUCCCUGUAAUGGUGGCGCCUAGCCAGAGUUACAGCGAAAGUCUGUUGCGCAGAAUUGAAGAUGUCUUCUUGCAAAUGGACCAUGAUCAAGGUAGUGCUGUUGUGCCGUUCGACCAGCCGACUUUCCCCAAUUCCACUGUCACUUAUCUUGAAAAGGUAGUGGAGAGUGCUAGAAUUCACAUUGACCGCUGCUACCCUGCACUGUCACUAGACCAGCGGUCGUCUCUCCUCUCUGGUAUUAUAGAUCUGUGCGAGCGUAACACAAAACCUAAAGCGGCACUUCUUGAGUAAAGUAGGCAAUUAAAAUCAGAUUUUCCAAAAGUAUCAA